AUGACUGCCGCCACAGCAAACGCCAACCGCGCCUUUGCGCUGCACCCAUUCUCCACGAAUCCGCUUAAGACGCGUGACGAUGUGGUUGCCGCUGUGACUUCGCUGCUAGAUCCGCUGGUUCCGGGAUUUUCUCCGCAAAAUGCCAUGAUCAAGGUAGGUAGCACGGGCACGAGGUUUGACGAAACAGCCGCACAGGUCGAAGGAUAUGCUCGUCCACUGUGGGGAUUGGCACCACUGCUUGCUGGUGGCAGCAAGUAUGCCCAUUCGGAAAAGUUUGUACAGGGAUUGAUCUCUGGAACGGAUCCUGAGAAUGAAGAGUUUUGGGGAUAUAUGGACAAUAUCGAUCAGAGGAUGGUCGAGGCAUGUCCGAUUGGGUUCACUCUUGCGGUUGCGAAUAAAGACUUCUGGGAUCCGUUGACGGACAAGCAAAAGAAGAACGUUGAGACAUGGGUAGGGAGUAUGAACAGCAAGGAAAUGCCCAACACGAACUGGCUGUGGUUCCGUGUCUUCGCCAACCUCGGGCUCGAGCGGAAUGGAGCGAACUGGUCAAGAGACCAGCUCAAAGCCGAUAUCAAGCAACUCAACACAUUCUACCGUGGCGAUGGAUGGUCAAACGAUGGGCCUGAGCAUUACAGACAAAUGGACUAUUACUCUGGAUCAUUCGCCAUUCAAUAUUUGCAACUUCUCUACGCAAAGCUCGCAGCAGACAUCGACCCAGAGCAAGCAGAAGAGUACAAACAGCGGGCGAAGCUCUAUGCUCUUGACUUUGUGCACUACUUCGACCCAGAAGGCCGAGCCAUCACAUUCGGACGCUCACUAACGUACCGCUGGGCUAUGUCAGCUUUCUGGAGCUCAGUAGCGUUUGCUGACGUCGAGCUUCCAGAGCCACUAUCCUGGGGUGUCGUCAAGGGUAUAUGGCUCCGAAACCUACGAUGGUGGACUACACAGCACGACAUCUUCCAACCGAACGGUAUGCUAACAGUUGGCUACUCGUAUCCAAACACCUAUCUUGCCGAAAAUUACAACUCCCCUCAGUCUCCGUACUGGUGUAUGUUGUCUUUUGCGGCGCUCGCUAUGCCGGAAAGUCAUCCAUUCUGGAGUGCACCCGAGGAACCCCAUCCAUACGCAAACCAGCGCAUUGUUAGACCUCUCCCACAUCCCCGCCACAUCAUGGUGCGAAGCGGCGGCCACUCGUUCCUCCUCUCCAGCGGCCAGUCAUGCCAUUACGCCAUCAAAAACUCCAACGCAAAGUACGGCAAAUUCGCCUACAGCGCAGCCUUUGCAUACUCCGUGUCCACCGGCUACCAAGAGCUGGAGCAAUUCGUCCCAGAGUCCUCGCUCGCGCUCUCCGAAGACGGCGGCGAAUUGUGGAAAAUGCGCCGCGCGCACAACGGCGAUUCAGAGAUUGAAACCCACGAUGGCGUCCCCGUACUCGUGUCCAGCAUGAAGCCCUGGCACGAUGUCGACGUGCUGACAUACCUGAUUCCACCCACAGAGGACACGCCAAACUUCCAUCUGCGCGUUCACCGCAUCCGGACGAAGCGCGAUCUCAUGACCGCCGAGGGCGCGUGGUCAGUCUACGGGUGCCGCGCCAAAGACGGCAAAGUCUUCGCUGAACUCCCUGAAUUCAUCGGCGACGGUGAGGGCCAGAAGACGACGACGAACAGUGCAUUUGCCGCGUCGCGGACGGGCGCUGUUGGUAUCACGGAGCUGUAUCAGGGUAUGAGGAAAGGGAGUGUUAUUCUGUCAGAUGCGAAUUCGAAUUUGGUGGAGGCGAGGAGUGUGUUGCCGCUUGUCCGCAAGGAUGUUAAGGCGGAUGAGACGGCGUGGUUUGUCACGGCUGUGUUUGCCAUGCCGUCGAGUGUCGAGGGGUGGAAGGAGGGGUGGAAGACUGGGUGGGAAAAGAAGCCUAAGGUGCCGAAGUGGGUGCAGGACAAGAUUUCUGGAAGAUGGGAUUAA